GUCAGGCAGUGAUAUCCUUACGCUUCACGUCGCUUCCAGGUAGAUAUCUGUGCUGUAUCUUUUACAGCAACUAAAGUCUAUUCACGUUUUUUCGGCAAUACGUCGUCGCUAAUAUCAGCAAACGUCUUUUGAAACUCAGAAAUGAGUUCUCAAAUCCGACAAAACUUCCACCAGGACUGCGAGGCUGCCGUUAACAGACAGAUCAACCUAGAGCUCUAUGCCUCAUAUGUUUAUCUCUCUAUGGCUUACUAUUUUGAUAGGGACGACAAAUCCCUACCACAUUUUUCUAGGUUCUUUCAAGCACAGUCUAAAGAAGAACGGGAGCAUGCCGAGAAGCUGAUGAGUCUGCAGAACAAGCGAGGAGGCAGGAUUUUUCUGCAGGACAUCAGGAAACCUGAUAGAGAUGAGUGGGGCAGCAGCCUGGAGGCCUUGGAGUGUGCUUUGCAGCUUGAGAAAAGUGUAAACCAAUCCCUGCUCGACCUGCAGAAAAUAGCGACAGAACACAACGACCCUCACGUGUGUGACUUCAUAGAAUCACAUUUUCUGGGCGAACAGGUCAAAUCUAUCAAACAGCUUGCUGACUGGAUAUCCAACCUGCGUCACAUGGGAGCCCCCCAGAGUGGCAUGGCGGAGUAUCUCUUUGACAAACAUACCAUGGCUGAGGAGGGAAGUUAAACUAAACUGACCAUUCAUCUUGUCUCUGACAUGUCCUCCUUAUAAUACAGAUACCACUGCUUUACUUUGAGUACUGUGAACUGCACACGUUUCAGAUAGCACUUUAGACAAUGACCUUACCUUAUAUUACAUUCCUGAUUCGUGGUGUUUUGUGAAAACAUUGAAUUGGUGCCAACGAUGUGUUCAUAUCAUCUGAUACUGUACUGAUAAUGUUUUAAAGUAACAAGACAAAAUGCUACAAUUUCUAUUUAUUUAAAUGAAGUUAAAGUGAUUGCUUAUUGGCAAUUACUGGAAUCAUGUGCAAUGACAUUAUAAAGUAAUAAUUCAGGGUAUUGCUAUUCUAAUUUCUUAUUAUGAGAACUUGUGAUAUAUUUCUUGUGCUUUCAAUAACUGAUAUCUGUAUUGUGAACAUAUACAUCCAAAGUAGGUAGAUAAAUACAUAAAGAAAUGACAAUAAUAAAUCAACAUUACAUCCCUUUUCAUACCAGGAGUUUCCAUCUUACAACCCUUAAGUAUGAUUUUAAUGACGCUGCAUUCCACACCUUUUAAAUUAAAACAUACCUCCUUUUUAUAAUAAGCUUUUAUUUAUAAUUUUUCCCACUUUUAAUAACUCAGCGUUAUGAAGUACAUAUACUAUUCCAGAAAAAUAUUGUGUUAAAGAUAUUUAAAGGGUAUAAUACAACCGAUAGCUGCUGUUAUAAUUGAUCUACUUUAUACAAAGAUUUUUCUGUUCUUUCUUUUUUUCAAGUUAGUAAAUCUCAGUUUUUUAUAUAUUUAAGAUGUGUUAUUAGCUAUUACGUACUCGCUCAUAUUCACAAGUACAGGGUAUACAAUGACUGUGUAGGCUGACAAUACAGUAACCUGCAAUAAAUGACACUUACCUGAACACACUGAUGAGACGGAGAACCCCUGAAGAUUAUUCUUCAAUUCUCUUUUAGUGGUGUAUAGUGAAUUUGCGAUGAAUUGCUUAAGCAGUGUGCUUGUAUAAAUACAGUUGCAUAGUUAGAAAAUGUAAUUCAAUUUUUCAUUUUUUAUUGCACAAAUAAAAGAAAAGACCAAUGAAA